ACAGAGACGCAACAUCAGCCCGCAGCAUCCGCAUCCCUCAGCCAGGAGCACAUCCUCAUCCGAGCAUCCAUUCCACAACUGCCCUCUGCCGUCUGCGCACCACCGACUCCGGGCGCCCCCAUCCACUGCUUGCAUCCUCUCUUUUUGUGUUCCUCUCCUUUCACUGCCUCCAACUGGAUUAUCUCCUUCGUUGCGUUUCAACAUUCGAGAUGAUUUAACGUUUUAAACGCACAUAGAGAAGGGAGACGCAGACCUUUUACGCAUUGGAGCUGGAGAUCUGCGCUGUGGGCAGACACACCACUCUGAUCCCUUAGAGAGAUCCUCACAGUCCAUUGAUGCCCAGCGGCAGCCUGUAGCCCGGGACUUCCACAUCCCAGAAGCACCUGCAACUUCGAGGCCCUCAGGACCUCUUCCCCAGCAGACACCCCCCUGACCCCAAAGCUCCUGGAGCCCCUCCCACCGUCGCCAUGGGAACUGUGCUGUCCCUGUCACCUAGCUACAGAAAGGCGGCUCUUUUCGAGGAUGGACCUGCAACCGUGGGACACUACACGGCCGUCCAGAACAGCAAGAACGCCAAAGACAAGAACCUGAAGAGGCACUCGCUGAUCAAUGUGCUGCCAUGGAAACGGAUUGUGGCUGUGUCGGCCAAGAAGAAAAGCUCCAAGAAGGUGCAGCCCAACGGCACCUACCAGAACAACGUCUCCCACCUGAACAAUGAAAACCUGAAGAAGUCGCAGUCUUGCGCCAACCUGUCCAGCUUCACCCAUGACCAGAGCACCCCAGCUCUCACCAAGAGCUCCAACAACACUUCUUCGGUGAAAAAGGCCCCGCUGACUAACUCCAAUGUGGCCCCUGGGACCCCUAAGAGGGUGAUUGUCCAGGCCUCCACCAGUGAGUUGCUGCGCUGCUUGGGGGAGUUUCUGUGUCGGCGCUGUUACCGUCUGAAGCACCUAUCCCCCACUGACCCGGUGCUGUGGCUGCGCAGCGUGGACCGGUCCCUGCUUCUGCAGGGCUGGCAGGACCAGGGCUUCAUCACACCUGCCAAUGUGGUCUUCGUCUACAUGCUUUGUCGUGACGUGGUCUCCUCUGAGGUGGCCACGGAGCAUGAGCUGCAGGCCGUGCUCCUCACCUGCCUCUACCUGUCUUACUCCUACAUGGGCAAUGAGAUCUCAUACCCGCUCAAGCCCUUCCUGGUGGAGUCCUCCAAGGAGACGUUCUGGGAUCGCUGCCUGUCCAUCAUCAACCUGAUGAGCACCAAGAUGCUCCAGAUCAACUCCGACCCACACUACUUCACUCAGGUGUUCGCUGACCUGAAGAAUGAGAGCCAGAAGGAGGAGGAGAGGAGCCGCCUACUCAUCGGCCUGGACCGGAGGGUGAGAGCCAUCGCCUGACUGGCUUCCUUCACGCUCCACGGAUGAACAUACAUCCCCGGCUGGCUCUCUGGAACACCCCUUCCAUCAACACGACUGGUUUUUGCCACGAUGCAUAUCUGACCACCCGAGGACAGAACAACCGUCGGGGCUGGAGUCCCUCUUACUGAGACUCAACAACAUGGAUGAGGAGAUGGACAGUGAGCGCUGCUUUGUGGGACUUCUACAGAAAACAGACAACAGCCAGUGGAUGUAUAUCGUGCGUGUUCAGAUGGACUUUAUUUUCAUCUAGAAAAAAGAAAAAAAGAUUCAAACAUGUCAAUGGAUGUUUUUAUUAUUUUGCUCCUCAGAAGCUUCGGAGGCUUAUAUUUAUUGCUUUUCUCAAGUUUUCUUUGCUUUGUUAUUUUUGUUAGAAAUGUACCAUGCGAUUUUACUGCAUCUUCAGGAGCUAAAUAUUCUGUUUCCUCUUUUUAUUUGGUUUUGUAAAUCAAACUGCAUCUGCAUUAGAGAAUGCUGUGAACAAAGUGACUCUAGUUUCAUUUAGCUCUGCUUGCUGAAAUAGGCUAUUUCUGUACCGGGAAAAAACCUUUUUGUACUUUUCGUCUACAGGUUGUGUUGCAGCAUCUUGGAAUGACGUUUGAUUUUCGUGCUCAUGAUUCAGCGUUAAAACUGUUAUAAUGGUGCCAUAUCCUUGAUGUCGGAACUGGUGGGGAGGAUUUUCAUAUUCUAGCUACUUUCUGACACCUAAUUUGUUGCCAUUUAAGUAUUUAUCGUUUCUGCACAUUCGCAGUCAUUUUGGUUAAACUAAAGGACAGAUUCUGGAGAGGGGAAUUUCUUGGUGCUGACGGUUAUCAAUGGUGGGAAUGAAGAUUUAUCUGGUUUGUGCAAGUGAAUGUUACGGGGAUUACCAGUGAAUAGCUCAUGACAAGGCCCUUAAACUUAAACCACAGUUAAAUCUGACCAUCACCAACGUGGCAGCCUCGAGGACAUCCAGAAACAAUGCAGUUCAGAGCUUUUAAGUAAUGACCUGAAAAUAUUUUUAUUUCUGAUCUAGAAGCAAACCCAACCUGCAGUCUCACAUAUCAGAGACAGAAACCCAUUUCCAGGUGGAUAAAUGGCUCAAAAUGGAGGUUUGAAAAUCAUCUUUGUGUGAAACAGUGUAGAAAAUGAGUGUGAGAAAUGUUGCCAGGUCAAGGUGACACAGCAGCGGGUAAAUGCACACAGAGGAGAUCAUAUCUGCAGCUCCUCACACUUUGGAUAGGAAGGUGCAAGUGUGUCCAUGUGUGGCCACUCUUCUGUUCUUCACUUUGAAAAUCUAUAAAACUUUAUGAAUGGGUGCCUAAAAAAAGGCUUCUGUAUUUUAAAGUUUCCCUCAAAGAUUGAAGGACCUGUUUGCUGCCCCCCCCCCCCCCCCCAAUGCAAAUCAAGGGAGACAUAGCUGGAUGAGUUUUUGAAGACAAACAGGAGAGUAAAGACUUCAAACAGAAACCCAGACUAUUUCUCUGUCCAUUUACCUUGACUCAGCCUGAAAUGUGCCAUGUUUCUUCACUUGCAUCAUCAAGUUGUUGUUUAUAAGCUUAUAAAAGAUGAAAAAAGACUCAAGCUGAAGAAUUCGGUCUGAUUCUUUUCUGUAUCUUGUUGCGUACUUUGUAGAUAAAAGAAAACAGUGAUUAAAAACUUCACAGAGUGGCGCUCAGUGGGCUGAUGCAUGUGUGUGAAUGGAAGAAGGUGUGUGUGUGUGUGUGUGAAUGGAAGCAUUUUAUUUGUGAUGGGGAACGUGUAGUUUUGAUUUAACGAUAGGAAACAGGAGUAAACACGCUGGAGUUCAGGAGGGUGGAUAAAGGCGUUCUUUUCUAAAAGACUGAACCGUUCCUGCUGUAAUUUCACCUUUUAAGUACGUUUCGGUUUACUUUUAAUUUAUUUUUGUACUGUGAUGGAUAAUAAAAUGCACUGGUUGUUCAAAGGUA